UUCCGGGCUGUCACGUUGCCUAGUAACAGCUCAAGCCCUCCAACCGUCCGCAAAACAGAGGCUAGCUCAAUGCUUUUACUUCAGAUUUUGGGGGAACACAAAGCUACAAGUUGUUUGCUCCCUUUGAAACGACUGGUUUGAAGCCAUGACAGCUAUAAAAGACGGAGAGUACACGGCUACGAUCUACAAACUGAUUAAAGACAGCCAGUAUGUGGCAGCCAUUCAGAUCCUUAAUGGCCAACUUCAUAAACACACAAAGUCCAGGGCCGCACUCUCUCUGCUGGGUUACUGCUACUUCCACAUCCAGGACUUUACCAACUCUGCAGACUGCUACGAGCAGCUCACCCAGCUGCACCCAGAGGUGGAGGAGUACAAGGUGUACUACGCCCAGUCGCUCUACAAAGCCGGAGCUUAUCCCGAGGCCACAAAGGCCUCCUUCGUGCUCGACAACCCCGGCAGUCACGUGAAGAUGCUGAAGCUUCAAGCCUGUAUCAAAUACUGCGAGGAAGAUUACUCUGCUGCCAAGUCGCUGCUGGAGCAGCUGCCUCAGGAAGACCCCGACUACGUCUACAACUCGGGCUGUUUGCUGUUCCAGGACGGCAAGUACGAGGAGGCCUGCAAGAAGUUCUCGUCUGCCAUGCAGGUGCUGGGAUACGUUCCAGCGUUGUCCUACAACAUCGCCCUGUGCUUCUACAGCCUGAAGAACUACCCUCAGGCCAUCAAAUACAUCGGAGAGAUCAUCGACCAAGGCAUGAGGGAGCAUCCAGAGCUCAGCGUGGGUUUGACCACCGAUGGCAUCGACGUGCACAGCGUGGGCAACACGCUGGUGCUGCACCAGACGGCCCUGAUCGAGGCCUUCAACCUCAGAGCCGCCAUUGAGUACCAGCUGAAGAACGUGAAAGGAGCUCAAGAAGCUUUGACUGACAUGCCCCCUCGAUCAGAGGAGGAGCUGGACCCGGUGACUCUCCACAACCAGGCUCUGGUCAACAUGGACACCAAACCCUCGGAGGGCUUUGAGAAGCUGGCCUUCCUGCUGCUGCAGCCCUCCUUCCCCCCCGUCACCUUCGGGAACCUGCUGCUCCUCUACUGCAAGCACGAGUACUUCGACCUGGCAGCCGACGUCCUGGCGGAGAACGCACACCUCACCUACAAGUUGCUCUCGCCGUACAUGUAUGAGUUCCUGGAUGCCUUGCUGACCUGCCAGACGGCGCCCGAGGAGGCUUUUAGGAAGUUCGAUGAGAUGAAUGGGAAACUAACGGAGCAGUUAAGGAAGCUGGCAAAGCAGGUGCAGGAGGCGAGAAUGUCCCGAGACGAUGACGGGCAGAAGAAAGCUCUUCAGGAAAACGACCAGACGCAGGAGAAGUACAUCGUGGUGCUGAUGGCCCAAGCCAAGAUCUACUGGAACCGGGAGAACUUCCAGAUGGUGGAGAAGAUCUUCCGCAAGUCGGUGGAGGUGUGCAAUGACGACGACACAUGGAAGCUCAACGUGGCCCACGUGCUCUUCAUGCAGGCCAAGUACAAGGACGCCAUCGGCUUCUACGAGCCCAUCGUCAAGAAGCACUACGACAACGUGGAGCAGUGUAACAUUCAGGAGUGUCCCUGCAAGUGCAAACCCUCGGUAACCCCCGGUAACAGUGAAGAACCAGCAGCUAUCCUGAAUGUGAGCGCUGUGGUCCUGGCUAACCUCUGUGUUUCCUACAUCCUGACCAGCCAGAACGAGGAGGCUGAAGAGCUGAUGAGGAAGAUCGAGAAAGAGGAGGAGCAAAUCUCCUACGACGACCCCGAGAAGAAGGUCUUCCACCUCUGCAUCGUGAACCUGGUCAUCGGGACGCUGUACUGCGCCAAGGGGAACUACGAGUUUGGCAUCUCUCGAGUCAUCAAGAGCCUGGAGCCUUACAACAAGAAGCUGGGGACAGACACGUGGUUCUACGCCAAGCGCUGCUUCCUGUCUCUGCUGGAGAACAUGUCCAAACACAUGGUCAUGCUGAAGGACGCUGUGGUCCAGGAGUGCAUCCAGUUCCUGGAGCACUGCGAGGCGUACGGCCGGGAGGUUCCCGCCGUCAUCGAGCAGCCUCUGGAGGAGACGCGCGUCCACGUCGGCAAGAACACCGUCACCUACGAGGCCCGGCUGCUCAAGGCGCUGUUCUAUGAGGUCAUCGGCUGGAACAAGUGAUGUCAUCACAUUCUCUCACAGAGGAUCGGGUGUGUAAACAAAGCAGACUUAAGAGUUUUACUGCUUUGUUUAUUCUGCUAAUGUGAAUACAUGAUGUUUGUAAUGACAUUCAGAGUUCAUGCAUAUAUUCUCUUUGGUCUUUGUACAGCUGCCUCCUGCACUGUGGCUCAGACACAAGUUAAAGCAAAUAAAGGCCUUAAUAUGA